AGCCCGUGGGGAGAGAAUUUCAUACAUAAAAUUCUCCUUUUUUUUUCUUUUUUUUUUUAAAGAGAGAGAGAGAGAGAGAGAGAGAGAGAGAGAGAGAGAGAGAGGAUGUUCAUAGAGAAGUUUAAGGUGGAGAGCCCGAACGUGAGGUAUGGGGAGGAGGAGAUCGAGUCGGUGUACGAGUACGCGACCACGGAGCUGGUCCACGAGAGCCGCGGCGGUGGGCCCCGCCAAUGGAUCGUCAAGCCCAGGACCGUCCGAUACCAUUUCAGGACCCAAACCCGUGUGCCCAAGCUCGGUGUGAUGCUUGUGGGGUGGGGAGGGAACAACGGGUCCACCCUCACAGCCGGUGUCAUUGCUAACAGAGAGGGGAUCUCAUGGGUGACCAAGGAGAAGGUGCAACAGGCCAACUAUUUCGGAUCCUUGACCCAGGCAUCCACCGUUAGAAUUGGGAGCUUCAAUGGGGAAGAGAUUUAUGCCCCUUUCAAAAGUCUCCUUCCGAUGGUGAACCCGGAUGAUAUAGUGUUUGGUGGCUGGGACAUCAGCAACAUGAACCUGGCUGAUUCCAUGUCCAGGGCCAAGGUGUUGGACAUAGACCUACAGAAGCAGCUGAGGCCCUACAUGGAGCCCAUGGUGCCCCUUGCCGGAAUCUUCGACCCCGAUUUCAUCGCCGCGAACCAGGGCGCGCGCGCCAACAAUGUGAUCAAGGGCACCAAAAAGGACCAGGUCCAGCAAAUCAUCAAAGACAUAAGGGAGUUCAAGGAGAAGAGUCGGGUGGACAAGGUUGUGGUCCUGUGGACCGCAAACACCGAAAGGUACAGCAACGUGAUCGCCGGCCUUAACGACACGACGGAGAACCUCCUAGCUUCCUUGGACAAGGACGAGGCCGAGAUCUCUCCGUCGACGUUGUACGCGAUAGCCUGCGUCCUCGAGAAUGUGCCGUUCAUCAACGGAAGCCCGCAGAACACCUUCGUGCCGGGAUUAAUUGAUCUUGCUAUUAAGAAGAACAGUCUCAUUGGAGGAGAUGACUUCAAGAGUGGCCAAACAAAGAUGAAAUCAGUCUUAGUGGAUUUCCUUGUUGGGGCCGGAAUUAAGCCAACAUCCAUUGUGAGCUACAAUCACCUGGGGAACAACGACGGCAUGAACCUCUCCGCACCGCAAACCUUCCGAUCAAAGGAGAUCUCGAAGAGCAAUGUCGUCGACGACAUGGUGUCUAGCAAUGGGAUCCUCUAUGAGCCAGGAGAGCAUCCAGACCAUGUCAUAGUCAUCAAGUACGUGCCGUAUGUCGGGGACAGUAAGAGGGCCAUGGACGAGUACACGUCGGAGAUAUUCAUGGGCGGACGAAACACGAUCGUCCUCCACAACACUUGCGAGGACUCGCUCCUCGCAGCCCCUAUCAUACUUGAUUUAGUGCUUCUGGCCGAGCUGAGCACUAGGAUUCAGCUCAAAGCUGAAGGGGAGGAUAAGUUCCACUCCUUCCAUCCAGUGGCUGCUAUCUUAAGCUACCUCAGCAAAGCUCCUCUUGUCCCUCCCAGCACGCCGGUGGUGAAUGCUUUAUCAAAGCAAAGGGCCAUGUUGGAGAACAUCCUAAGGGCUUGUGUUGGGCUAGCCCCCGAGAACCACAUGAUCCUCGAGUACAAGUAAAACCAUGCACUGGAGAAAAAGAGGAGUCUCAGUCCCCUUCUCCCUAGGCAUGUAUUAACUGUCAUUGCCUUUGCAUCUAGCUAUUCCAGACUAUAUUAGAGUAUGCAGAUUCCAUGUAUCUCCAAGCCUCAGAGAAAUUUGGGGUCCCCUUAAGUAUGUAUGAGAUGCUCUUAUUGUUCAUGUUUGUGAUGUUUUGUGUUCUAUGCUCUGGCUCUUUUGAUUGCAAAUUGUGUUAUAUACGUUGACGAAA